AUGAGCAGCGUCAAAGAAUACUUCAAUAACUGGCCGAACGACGAAGGACCAGUUGAACUCUCCUUGACCGGUCAAAUCCCUGCCUACGCGGCGGGUGUACUCUAUCGCACGGGUCCAGGGAAAUAUACAGUUAACACGGAGAACGGAGACACGUUCAAGAUAUCCCACUGGUUUGACGGCUUCAGCCAGACUCAUCGAUUCCAGAUCUUGGCUCCAGAUGAGUCCCACCCGUCCACACGCGUAUUCUACAACUCCCGUCUCUCAACAGAUUUGUUGAUCGAGGAAGUGAGAAUGACCGGCUCCUUCGAGAAACUCAGCUUUGGUCAAAAGCGAGAUCCUUGCAAGACUGUCUUCCACAAAGUGCAGACAUCUUAUUCCCCGGCAAAUGAACCAUCCUCUCACAACAUUGGAGUGACGCUGUCUGUCAACAUGCCUGGUCUUGGCCACGAGACCGGUGACCGCUGGACGACAGAUUCCGGAAUCAAGACUCUGUAUGCCAAGACUGAUGCCAGCAGCUACAAGCAAAUCGAUCCGGAGACUCUGGAGCCUAUUGGACUCGCUGCGCAAAAGGAUCUGCAUCCUGAUCUGACCGGCCCAUUGUCGGCUGCUCAUGCCAGAUCCGACCCAGUCACAGGGAACGUAUAUAACUUCAACCUAGCAUUUGGCCCUGAAGGAUCCAUCUACCGCAUCUUCUGUGUGUCUGCUUCAACGAGCACCACGUCGAUCCUAGCCCAGUUUCCUGGAACCCCGGCGUAUCUGCAUUCGCUGCUAAUAACUGAAGACUACGUGAUCCUCUGUGUGUGGAACUCGCACAUCGAGCCAGCAAAGAUCAAAGCUUCUUUCAUUGAAGCCAUUCAACAGUUCAACGCAUCGAAGCCUGCAACAUGGUACGUCGUCGACCGCAAGGGCAGCCGAGGUCUUCUCGCGACGUACCAAAGCCGGCCAUUUUUCUGCUUCCACACCAUCAAUGCGUGGCAGGAACCUUCUGCUGACGACCCCAACCAAACGGACAUCGUCGCCGAACUGAUCAUGUUCGAUGACCUCGGCAUCCUCGAGAAAUUCUACUACGAGAACAUGCUUUCUUCGUCUCCCAGCGCAAAGGCAUUUGUCCAGGGCAAGCGGGAUGGGUGUCGUUCAGCGCUGACCAGCUUCCGGCUUGCGGGCAUUCCUUCGGCUCCAACAUCAGAGGUCAAAGAGGCAUCAGUCAACUGGACAGCCUGCAAGGGCUACGCUCCUGAGCUGCCUACCCUGAACCCAAGAUAUGUCACGCAGAAGCAUCGGUACACCUAUGCCAUGACUGACCGCGACGAAUCGACGUUCUUCGACGGCAUCAUGAAAUACGAUAGCGUGGCUAAAGAGACUAUCGUCUGGAAACAGCAUGGACAGUCGCCAGGAGAAGCAAUCUUUGUCGCUGAUCCUGCAGGCACCAAUGAGGAUGAUGGUGUCCUUCUGAGUGUUGUGCUGGAUGGUAAAACCCGGAAAAGCUACUUGCUUUGUCUGGAUGCGCGGGAUAUGUCCGAGCUGGGUAGAGCGCAUCUCAACGGCCCGGUGGGCUUUGGGUUUCAUGGCCAGCAUGUUCCUGCGCGUGGAGGGCUGCCAACGGGGGAUUACUAG